GUCCGACCGCAGCCAGAGGAACAGAUCCACAUCCCUGCACCCGAGCGCACUCCGGCGUGGGAAUUGUCACUUUUUGUUUUAGAGAUAAAUCGGAGAAACCAUAUCUCAACAUGCCUCGGUCAUUCCUUGUGAAGAAGUAUUUUUCCAGCAAGAAGCCUUACCACAGGGAGAGUCAGCUGGAGAGUCAAACCGCUUUUGUCCCAGAGAGCUUUCCCCGGGCUGAACUUCCAACGCAGAACAACAGCUCAGCCCUGACCUGCUAUCCCAGCAACCCGUUCUACAUGGACCUGCUGCCUGCACCUGUCUCCCCGGUCACCCUUGUGUCUCUGCCUUCGUCACCCCUGGGACCUCUGGACCUCAGCAGCUCGCCCUCCAGCAGCAGUGGUGAGGAAGAGGAGGACGGUGGGCGCAGUUCAGACCCCCCUAGUCCGGAUGUCAUCCAGUCCAUCUACUACUGCCUGCACUGCAGCAAGAGCUACUCCAGCCUCUCUGCACUGUCCCACCAUCAGACGUCCCACAAACAGCCGUCCCACUGCGCCCCACUGCACCAGAAGCCGGCUCUGCCCACCGAGGAUUCGACACGCCCGGCCUUCCACUGCAAACACUGCCCCAAGGAGUACAACAGCCUGGGAGCCCUGAAGAUGCACAUCCGCUCACACACUCUGCCGUGCGUGUGCCCCACCUGCGGCAAGGCCUUUUCCAGACCCUGGCUCCUCAGAGGACACAUCCGCACACACACAGGUGAACGUCCCUUCGCUUGUCAGCACUGUAACCGGGCUUUUGCAGAUCGCUCCAACCUGCGCGCCCACCUGCAGACCCACUCUGAGGUGAAGAAGUACCAGUGCGGCUCCUGCUCCAGGACCUUCAGCCGCAUGUCGCUGCUGCACAAACACAAUCUCUCUCGAUGCUGCCCUGCCUCAUAGACUCACAUUCCCUGGACUGCUCCCUUAAGCCAGUCGAAGCUGUUCGACUCCCCCCCCGCCUCGAUAAGUGCCAAUACACCCACAGCCGGGAAGCUGAUGCCAGCUCAUUUCAAAGCCAUGACAAGAAAAUGUUGCUUUUAUACCACUAAGUGCCUUUUUAAAAUGUCUUGACUCUGUAGGUAUAUCUCUUUUUCCAGGAUUUUCAUAUUGGUUGAUCCGCAACACAUUUCUGCCGCGUCCUGUCAACUUUGUUUGUGUGUGUGUGUGAUUUGAGGGCAGCUGGACAUGCAGUUAAUUCCCAGGAAACUCCAUUGGUGCCGGCCGGUCCGGGACUGUGGCCAUGGUGCAGCUGCUUGGGCGUGUUUGUGUGUGUGUGUCUGUGGUGGACGCGGGGAUGUCAUUCCUCACCAUACUAUACAUACAUGGCAUGUGUGUGGAAAUGAGCAAGUGUGUGUGUUGGGACAGCUGUCUGUGUAUGGUGCACUGUGGAGGCAGGGCGCUGAGAGACGUGUUAGCUGUGACCUC